GUUCGCAUUAUCAUCAAUCAGAUGUGGAAUGUCCACCCGGUGCCUGUUUCUGGAGGAGUGGACGAUGCCCUGGACCUGUGGGCUCUCCGCCUAGCCUGCAUCAACCAGAUCCUCGACCCAUGGGUCUACAUCAUCAGCCGCGUCACGUGCUGCGGUGGCCACAGGAGACG